AUGGGACUCGCUGCAUCGAAGCAAGACUACCCCUCCUACUUGCGGGCUCUGGUUGAGCGCGAAAUCGCGCCUGAUGACGACCAAUUUUGGGAUGCUUUCUGGUCCAUGCCGGGGUCGGUCGAGGACAUCUUCAACAGCGUGAAGCCUGACGAUGUGCGCCAUAUGAAGCAACAACACCCGCGCAACCUCGCCAUCCUUCUCAACAAGGUGGUGAAGCGCAUGCGACAGGUGGUGGGCUCUGGCUCCAAGAACACGGCGUCGGACUACAAGGCGGCCCUCAACUGCGUGCGACUCGUGACGCGUCUGCUGCCCUUCAUCACCGAGGACCAGUCCGACGACUUCCUCGAGGCCGUCUUCUGGCGCAGCGAACUGCCUGUCACCGCCGCCGCUCCCGCUCCCGCCGAGAACAGCACCAGCGCCGACGCUGCUGCUGCUGAGGCCCCGGCAGAGAGCAGCGCCGCACAGCCUCAAAGUGGCGACAAUCAGCCCACCACUGACGCUGUCGCUGCGGUCGAACCCGCUGCGACUAGCCAGUCGCCGACGUACGAACCGGCCGCCGGGGUGCUGGCCGACGCGCUGCUGUUCAAGGGGGAGGACCCGACAGACCCGCUGGCCAUCCGCCUUCUGAACGCGAUCGUGAACCUGCUGUUCUACCCCAACUUCACCGUCUCCCCGCUCAACCAGGUGCCCGCCGAGAGUGCCGAGACCUUCCCUCUCGAGCACGUCUGGGAGCCCGGCGUGGGCGUGCAGGACACACUUCCCACGGCGGCGCACAUGCACUCGAACCGUACGGAGGUGCUGCGCUGCUUCCUGGUCCUCUUCUCGGAGGCGCUCUACAGAACCCCGGAGGAGACCGGCAAGUACGUGAACAAGUGGCUGGACAUUGUGGCGUGCAACACGUCCUAUCACUCGCUCGCGAUCUUCUACUCGCUGCUCAACACCGCGCUCUCGUACGAUCCCGUCGGCUGGGGCAUGCCCUACAACCACGUCAUCUUCACCGACAGCCGGGAGGGCCUCGCCGACACCUCGCUGCAGGUGUUGGCGGUGCUGCUGAACCACGAGCCCUCGACUCUGAUCAUGCGGCCGGGCGGCGCGCGUAACAUAUUCGUGGAGUACCUCAAGACGGUGGACCAGGUGCGCGAGUAUGAGUGGAUCUACGAGGCCAUGCACCAGCUCCUCUCCAACCCGAUCCGCGCGCACAACACCUACCUCCCCAACUCCACGAAGCAGGUCUCCUGCCACCAGGAGGUCCUCAUGCUCUUCUGGAAGCUCAUCCAGGAGAACCAGGGCUUCUUCCGUUGGCUGCUCACAAAGGGGGACGUGACCAAGGUGUUGGACCCCAUCCUGCACUACCUCCACGAGGGCCGUAAGGACAUCACACAACGAGGUCUCAUCCUGCUGGGGACGUUUGCGUUGUUGCACCUGAGCAGCAAGCGAGAGUUCGGAGUGCAGCUCAACAAGCCCUUCGUGCGACGCGUGACCAUCGACCUCCCGACCUUCACAGGCAACUAUGCCGACUACCUCAUCCUG